AUGUCCUCCUCCGAGGCGGACUCAAAAAUCGAUUUGCUUGACUCACGUGACUUGGUUCAGCGUAAACUCGCCCUGGCCGUCUGUCCUCCUGGUGUGACAGCCGAGCAGGGUAAUGGACUUCUCGCUUUUCUCAAAUACGUCGCGUUCCCGUUGGCUCUUAGUGAAGAACCCGGUAAGUUGUAUUCCCAUUCUCAUUCGGAGCGGAGCAAUAGAUUGAGAAUAAGUUGA